UGAUAGAGACCGAAAAAUCAAACACAAAACUGAAUACGACUAAGUAGACAUUGAGAAAUUUGUUUCAAAUAUAUGGCAUUGGAUAAUAUUUUCCAUUGCAAGUAGACAGUCGGUUGUUUUCCUCAAAAAUGUUUACCACCUAUUCGAGCGAUGAUGUGGCCGCCUACGAGGAAGUAGAUCAUACCCAGCAGGAAUAUGUUUCAGAAGUCGAAAGGGAUGUGCAGUCGAUCAUCCGUGUGGCCCACCAGGAGCACGAGGCUCUGGUACAACAGAAAGUCAUGAGUGCGAUGAAGCAGCGCGAAGAGGAGUGGGCCAAGCUGCGGGACAUGAGACCAUCGGCCGCAAGUUUAGCCCAGAUCAAGGCUGUUCAGGAUGAGGAGCUUAGGGCUCUCUUGGACCAAAUUGUUUCCAAGGAGGACAGUAGCGAUGAAGAUGAGGAUGAAGAUGAAGACGAGGAAGAUCCCUUUUAAUGUCACUAUCAGCGGCUCAUUAAAGGCUAA